ACAGAUCAUAGAAUCGGGACCCACAAAAUAAAUGCAGACAGCGAAGCCAAGCGAAGGUAUCAAUGCUAAAAAGAUGGCAACAAGAAGCUUUGCUUAUUUCCAAAGCAUAGUCUUGUUUUUUUUUCUCCUGCAAAUUGAUUUUGAAGAACAAUUCCAAGAAACAAUUAUGGAAGCAAUUAUGGAAGCAGUCGUCUCUAGCAUUGCUGAAGGGAUCGUUCGGAGAUUGGCCUCUGAAGCUGUGCAAGAAAUUGCAUUGCUUUGGGGUGUAAAUGAAGAGCGUAUAGGACUUCAAGAGACCAUUUCAACAAUCAAAGCUGUACUUACUGAUGCAGAGAAGAAGCAGAUCCAUAGCGAUCAAGUCAAAACAUGGCUUAGUAGACUUGAAGAUGUUGUCUGUGAAGCUGAUGACUUGGUGGAUGGGAUUUCAACUGAAGCUUUGCGACGCCAAGUGAUGACCAGUAACACCCCCAUAGCCAAGCAGGUAUGCACCUUCUUCUCGACCUCGAAUCAACUUGUGUUUCGACACAAGAUGAGUCACAAAAUAGAGUCUCUUAAGAAGAAACUAGCUGUGAUUAGAGAUGAUAGGCAAUUCCGUUUGGAGGAACACCACGGAGAGGCUCAAGCAAUGUAUAAUAGAGCGGUGAGGGAUACUCACUCGUUUGUCUCUGAAGGAGAAGUGGUUGUUGGGAGGGAGGGUGACAGAAUGAAAAUCCUUCAACUUUUGUUGGAUACAAAAUCUCACCAUGAGAAUGUAUCAGUUGUUAAUAUAGUGGGUCAUGGUGGACUAGGAAAGACCACACUUGCUCGACUUGUGUUCAAUGAUGAAAAAGUCGAAAAACAUUUUGAUCUCAAAAUGUGGGUGUGUGUCUCUGAUGCAGAUUUUGAUGUUGGAUUGCUUGUUCAGAAAAUUAUUAAAUCUAUAUCUAAUGAGAAAGUAGAAAAUUGUGAGAUGGAGUUAUUGCAAAAGUCUCUUCGAAAAAAAAUAAGUGGAAAACGAUAUCUCCUUGUUCUUGAUGAUUUAUGGAAUGAGAAUCGCGAAUUAUGGUUGAAGUUGAAAGAUUUAUUGUUAAAUGGCAUAGAUGGGAGCAGAAUAAUUGUAACUACUCGCAGUAUGGUGGUUGCAAGGAUUACAAAGACCACAUUAGAACCAUAUCUCUUAGGAAAUCUUGAUGAUGAUGAGUCUUGGUCUUUGUUUAAGAAAAUGGCAUUUACGGAAGGACAAGAACCAAACAACUCCAACAUCAUCCAAAUUGGAAAUUAG